UAACGAUUAGUACCAAAUCCACACAAGUGAUUCCACCAUAAGUAAUGCCCAUCAGUUUGAAGAGUGUUGCAUCAUUGCUCACAGAUCACCUCCAGUUGUUGAUCAGCAAAACUAGCUCUGCCUCGACAGUUGAAACUGACCAACCAGAAAACCCUGCAGUUGGUACAAAGAGAGCCUGGAUGUCAGGCUCAAAGAUAGUUCUUCCAAGCUCUGAUGCUGAGCAAUAUACUGGAAACAUUCUUCUUAACACAGUUUCAAUUAUUUCCAGGCCUAAAGGUCAGAGUGGCCGCAGGAACGCCUAUACGAGUGAUAAUCGUCCAAGUUGGUGGCCAAAAGAUGUGGUGUUUUGCUGUUUGAAAGGGUCCAAGGCUGCCGCCACGAAUGGUAUCACUACAGUACACCGGAGAAAGGUAUUGGCAGCUUUCUUGGAGAAAUGUCCGGAGCAGUACACAAUUUCACCUCCAGUUUAUCAAGUUGGUACAAAGAGAGCCAGGAUGAUGGCAGACUCAAAGAUAGUUCUUCCAAGCUCUAAUACUGAGGAAUAUUCUGGAAGUAUUCUUCGUGGCAUCAUUUCCCGUAUUGUGAACCCUAAAGGUCAGAGUCACAGAAACUUCUUUACAAGGGAUAAUUCUCCAAGUUGGUGGCCAAAAGAUGUGGCAUUUUCUCAUAUAGAUCACAUCCAGUUGAUCAGCAAAACUCUGCUUCGAUAGUUGAAACUGACCAGCCAGAAGUCCCU